AUGGUUAUUGAUAGUUUCCAACAGAUUUGGUGCCAAAACAGCAACGGAGGUAGAAGCAAAUGCUUUAUCUGGAGCUUUGGCAUUGGAGCUGGAGCCAACAUGGGUCGUGGUAACCUUCUAGGAGGAGCAAUUCCUGGGAUGAAUACGGGUGUCGUCGGUGGAAUCGAUGGUAGUUUCGGACCUGGUGUUAGGAUUCCGAUAAGCAGACCUGGUAGCCCCGACGGCGGAUCUGGAGCUGGUAGUAGUGGUGGUAUAGGCGGAGAUCAAGGGUUUGGUGGUGGUGAGCUUGGCCACAACAUUCGACUUGGUGGUGAUAUUGGAACAGGUAACACCGGAUUGGGUAACGCAGUAAUUGGUGUGGGGAUUGGCGUUGUUAUUGGUGGCGGUGGUCUAGGUGGUAUUGGCAACGGUGGUGUUGCUGAAGGAGGUAUGGAUGGGCAGCCGUAA